AAGAAACUUUAUCACUCAACAACGUAAGAAAGAAUGUGAUGCUUCUUUCUAAACCUCUUGCCGAAAUAGGUCAAUUAAUCCAAGUAAAUAUUAGUAUAAUCAAAGAUCAACAAAAGGAAAUUGAAAACUCCCAUCAAUCCAUAGAAGAUUUAAGAAGCAGGCUUCAUACUACACUUUUAGAUCUUACUCCAAAAAAAUUGGGUCAUCCCAGAACUGUAUGUACUAACAAGAGCUGCACAAAAACCAUUUCUGUCGGCAAGAAUUUAACAAAGGUGGACUACAUAACACAUUGUCACACACGAUGUUAUUUAAAAAACGUCGAGCCUAAUUUAGUAAACAAUGCGGCCUUGAGAGAAUGUGCAGCCAUGAAUAAUACCGAAAAUUGCGGAAACUGCUCCUGUCAUUGGAGCAAACAUAUGCAUAUUACAUACGAGAAUAAGCAUACAUUCAUAAAAGUUAUUGAUGAAAAUGUAGUAAAAUUGAUUAAAGAAAAGGUUUCUUAUCAAGAUACAAAAAAAGCGAUAAUAGAUGAUAAAGAACAAUAUAUAAGCAGACAAAAAGAAGAACAGAAAAGAAUAAGUUCUAUUAACAUCAAGCUCGCACAGUUUUUAAGACAAAACGCAAUCGCUGCUUACAACGAUACAUAUGCUGAAUACCUGGAUCAUUUUAUUAACGAAGAAAAAACCAAGAAGAGUAGUGAUCCAGCCAUUUAUGACAAUAGAAUUCUCAUAGGACUUGAAGCUGUAAAAAGAGAAUAUUCUGAAAAAAUAUCGAUCAUAAAAAAAGCGAUUGAAACCAAUGAUCCUUCUGUACCUCCAUUCUCUCUAAAAGAAAUUUCUGAUCUCAUACAAGAACUGUAUGAAUUGCCACUCAAUGGUCAAACAUUGAAAAAAAUAAAAAUGGAAGCAGAACUUGGUCGAAAUUUUGCGUUUAAAUACGAAGAAAAACGUUGCAUGUUUCAAGGAAAUAACUUUUGGAAUCACAUCUUCAAAUAA